CUGAAAAUAUACUUAAGUUGCGUUUUUUGUCGGCAUUUUGUAAACAGCCCGUCACUUUUUAACAAGCCAAAAAGUACUUUACUCAGGAAAGUGCAAAAAGAGAUGAGGCUUUUAAAAAGACACGUGCGCGUUUCCAUUUCUUGUUCGGGAACGUUUUAUACAUAGCCUGACCCUUUCCUGAUUCGAAGCUUUAAAGGAUAGGAGUUCUCGAAGUAGUCAGAGACGCAGCUAUCUAGGCACUGAAAGACAAAGGAAACAGCAUGGGUGCGGAUGCUUCAAAGGGCUAUGAGGUGUACGACGAACGUUCACCACAGGAGAAAAAAGAGGAGAAAGCGCCGCCCCAUCUUCUAAAAAGUCAGAUGAAGCUCGCAGCGUUACUGGAACAGAAGAAUUUAUGGGCGAUGAAGGAGCUUGCUUUAGACAUCGGCCAAAAUGAUAUGCACGCCUUGGUAAACAGUCCGUACAACGAUACCACGUUUUGUCACCUGGCGGUGAAGACGGGCUCUGUGAACAUUCUUGCCUUCUUGGUGAAUGUUUGUGGUGCUAACGUGUGCUGUACGGGUACUGUGUUCGUGAAAAAUGAACGGGGUGGAAUCGUCGCCGUGGAAAACGCGACACCAUUAUGGCUGGCGUGCCAAAUGGGGAACGUAAGCCUGGUCAAAGCUCUGGUGUGGUUGGGGGCCGGCAAGACAAGCCACGUGAAGACAACUGUUGGUUCUUCGGCGUUUCAAAUGGCGUGCUAUGCUGGGAGUCUGGAUAUUGUUCAGUUUUUAUUGGAGAACACAACGCCUGUUGUGGACUACAACUGUCUUCUGGCUGCUCUCGCUUGGAACGAUAAAAACCAUUUCGAGGUCGCUAGAUACCUGAUCAAAGAAAAAUGGUACAGUGAUGUCAAUGAAAAGGACGCAGAUGGCAUGACACUCCUCGCAUGGUGCGCGCGCAGCGGAAACGUGAACGGCGUUCGUCUGCUUAUCAAGUAUGACGCCAAAUUCACGACCGACCACAAGGGUGCCACGCCCCUCAUGAUCGCCGCGGCUCAUGGUCACUUGACAACAGUUAAAGCUUUGUUGGAAUAUGGGGAUAAAGCGAAUGCUAAGGACAACGACGGACACGACGCCGUCUACUGGGCAAGCAGGAAUGGUCAUACGGACAUAGCCAAACUUUUGUUGGACGCUAGAUUUCGCAAACAUUGCGGCAGAUCCAAAGGACGUCCAAGACCGGCGUCUAUUUUUAUGGAAAUUGAUGACUGACUGGGUAUUUUUUAUGCAAAGGGACUUGGUUGGUCGCGACUUCAGUUGUAAUAGAUAGCAGAGUUGAAGUUCUUAUAAAUCAUAAAGAUUCUAUCAUAUCAAACGCUGUACUGUUUUUAAGCCGAAAGCACAAAAUUACAGAAUGGUAUGCAAAAAGGGUAGGCCUAUCUUUAAUCAAACGGCGGUUUAGAUUUUGAAAGAAACUAUAAUGUAAAU